AUGGACUUUAUUAUGAUUUCAAUUUUCAUACUUCUCAUGGUUGAGAUGUUGAUUUGCACUGUUGCAAUGCUACCGAUUUCAAUGGCUACACGUAAAUCAUUGUUCACCGGAUUGAACAAGGUUUUCGGAGGAAAGACCCCCGUCAUUGUAUUUAGAGUGAUUUUCGUCAUUCUCUUGGGUAUCUUUGGUGAUGCCAUCAUUAAUUCGAGCAAGUACGACAGAAAGAUUCACGACCCAGAGGGUGCCACCACACAAUCCGAGAAGAACAACCUCUACUUGAUGCUCUUUAGAUACCAAAGAAACAUCUACUUGACUGGAUUCACCCUGUACCUCUUCUUCCUCAUCUACCGUGCACAAUCGAUCGUCUUGGAGUUGACCUCUGUCGAGACCAAGAGCAACGCUGUCAUCAAGCAAGCCGAAAACAACAAAUCGCAAACCGAACGUCUCAUCAAGAGCAACUCGGAAUUGGAAGAGGAAGUCAAGACCUUGAGAAAGAAGGAAAAGGAAUUCAUCGCCAUGAAAUCACAAGCUGAAAACACCUCAAAAGAGUACUUGAAAUUGAAGAAGGAAUACGAUGCUCUCUUGGGAACAAAGACAAAGGGACAAAAGAAGGAUGAUUAA